UGUGAUCAUGAAUUCUUAAAUAUAUACGGAAUAAGCGUUUUAUUUACUUAUAAUUUGUGAUUUUUUCAUUCAUUACUUUUGAUCAGAAGUCAUCAGUUUGAAUUGUGGUCUCUUCCAUUCAAAACUAAAAUGGCUGAAGCUGUUGUAGAAGAGUAUCGAUCAUCGUUGUCUGAACUCAGUUUUAAUAGCAAGCCUCAUAUAAACAUGUUGACAAUGCUGGCAGAAGAUAAUGUACAACAUGCGGAUCAAAUUGUUGAAACGAUAGUCGCUCAUAUUAAUGCCGUACCACCACAAAUGAAACUCCCUGGCAUGUAUCUCGUAGAUUCAGUUAUAAAAAAUAUCGGUGGACAUUAUAUUCCUCUAUUCGGUAGUCAUAUGACUACAUUGUUUACAUCUGUAUUUGAAAAGGAAAGUCAGACUGGAAUCCAAACUGCUGAAGAUCAAACUACUGAUGAGCGAGAGAAAAGUGACAUGAAAAGGACACAAUUAGAAGUCAUUAAAGAGCUGGAAGAAAAGAAAGAGAAACUCAGGAAAUAUGAAUUGGCGUUACGAGAGAAAAUUGAUAAACCAAAAAGUAUUAAUGUUGUGGCUCCUACAGUAGUUCAGCCAAUUUUUGUAAAUACUCGUGAUCCUAGAUUGAAAAAAGCUCUUGCAACAUCUGGGCAAGUAGUUCCUCUUGUAAAAAGUUUUGCUUCACAUCAACCCAGUUCGAAUUCUCUUCAAUCUGUUAUUGUAGUGCCAAAUGCUAGAACAUCAAAUAUAAAUGGUGUUAAAACUGAGGAUGUUGCUUCAGUUUUUCAUCAGCCUCAUCCUCUAAGAAUAGGUUUUAAUGGACAUUCUGCUGAGUUUGAAUUAGGUGGAAGAAUACAUACUGUGCAGUUUGGUGUACCUGGUCGAGAAAUAUUUGUCAACAGUGUUCCCUUUGAAGCAUCUUUUGGAGGACCUUCAUUUGUUGCACUUUUAGGAGACGGUCAAUUACAUAGUAUUCAAAUUGAUGGUCCACCUCCUAGAGUUCUUACUAGUCAGAUUCCUGCCUAUGAGUUGUAUGAAAAAUUUCGUAGUCUUCACAGUGAUAUUCGACUACCACAAAUUGAAAAAAAUAGUUCAAGUGAAAAAAUUGAUGGUUUAUGUGAUAUUGAUAUGCGUUUCAAGAUUUCUAACAUUACAAAACCAAGACUGGAUUUUGAUCAUGCUCCAGAUGCCAUCAAAGAUAUUGACUGGCGCCAAAUUAGUCAUCCAGAAACUACCCAAAGUGUUUUUGAUCUACCCAAACCUUAUCAUGCAAGUUAUCAAAGUGUGGAGCCAGAAUUACGCACCAGUGAUAACCGUCUUGAGGUAUAUGAUAGACAGAGUUCACCGGAGUUCGAUGGUAAGCUUUUGUGUCCAUCUGAAACAAAAGCUCCUUUGCCUUUGAAACCUCCACCUCUUGGACCCUUUUUGAAUCCAGCAUUGAUUUCUAACAGUAUGCAAAAAACAUCUGAGCCACCAUACAGUGUACCUCCUACAACAGUUCUUUCUUCUGUGUCAAGUAAUAGUGUAAUGUUUAGUCAUACAUCUGUGCCAAAUGUGUCUGCGAUUGAUGCUGCUUUAUCCAGUUUGAAUUCUAUUGCAAAAUCUCUGCCCCAAGUUCAAAUACCUACUUUAACUUCCAUUACUGCCAGACCAAGUAUUCAAUCAACUCUAAUGCCUAAGUUCAAAAAUGAAGAAAUUUUUCCUGGAGUUUCAACUCAUUCGCAAGUCACUGUGCCACAACAAAUACAAAACCAGCAAUGGCAACCAUUACUUCCACCUCCUCCAUUCCCUGGCUCUCUCCCUGGUUCUGAGAGACUGGAACACAAUCCUCAUCAGGCAGUGUCGUUAUCUGUAUCAAGUAUCCAACCACCAUUGCUUCCUAACCCAACAACUACAAUAAGUUCAUCUGUUCCACCAUCAACUGAAUCAACAAUAUCUUCAGUUAGUCCAGCACCUAAAAUGAAUGUAGAAUUGUUUUUAGAAAAGCUCAUUGCUGCUGGCAUUAUUGGUAAAAAGAAAGAUGAGCCCAUUGCAGCUGUAACUUCUGAUCUUAAUAGCUCUGAAAAUUCUCCUGAAGAAGUAAAAGAUGCAGAUGAAGAAGUAAUUCCUGUGAUAGAACUGGUUCCUAAAAGCUUGAGAGAGUAUCAUCCUGUUGUCAUAAACCUUUUGUAUAAAGGAUCACAAUGUGCAACAUGUGGUAUGAGGUUUAAAGAAAUCCAAAGUGAACAUUAUAGCCGGCAUUUAGAUUGGCAUUUCAGGACGAAUAGAAGAGAAAAAGAUGGAGCAAAAAAACCAUUGUCAAGAAGGUUGUUUUAUGAAGUAAAAGAUUGGGUAGACUUUAAAGAAUUUGAAGACUUUGAAGAAAGAGCUCCUAGUUAUUUUGAGUUGCAAGCCUCUGGAGAACAAACAAAAGAAGUUGAAAGAGAAAAUAUCCUAAGUGUUCCAUCGAUAAGAUGCGAAACAGAAAUUUGUUCUGUCUGUGGAGAACAGUUUCAACUUUUUUGGGUAGAAGAAGAAGAAGAAUGGCAUUUAAAAUAUGCUGUCAGGCAUAACGAUCAGGUGUAUCAUCCAGCAUGCUAUGAAGAUUUUUGCAAGGCUUCUGAAAAACCAUCUUCAAGUGAAAAUGAAUUAGACGAUUCAAUUGUUGUUGUAGAGGAACCUGAAGAUAAAGUGGAUGUGAAAUCAGAUUCUGCAACUGAAGUUAAAAUAGAUAUGGAAUCAAACUCUGCAUCUGAAACUAAAAUGGAUGUGGAAUUAAACUCUGCAGCUGAAGUUAAAAUGGAAGUGGAAUCAAAUUCUGCAGCUGAUAAUCAAGACAGUGCAACAGUUGCUGAUUCUGUAGUGGAUGAAAGUGACACUGUUGAUUCUAAAGAAGCUGUAGAUAGUGCAACUUCAGAAACUGUAAUUACUUUAAAAACGGAACCUGUUGAUCUAGAAUCUGUCGAACAAUCUAGUGUAAAGGAGGAGACUUCUCUUUCCAUUGUGAUAUCUGAGCCAUCUGACACAUCCACUGCAACUCCCGUUGAAACAGAAACAAGUAACAAUGAUGAAUCUACAAAAGAAGAGAAAAGUUCAGAAGCUCUGUCUGAAUCUAGUCAAACUGAUACAAAAGUAGCAGUAAAAGAAGAAUCUGAUGAUGAAAUGGAAUUCCGUCCCCCCACACCUGAUCCUAAUUUUGAAAAUUUACCCCCAGUCUUUAAGGGAACUGAAUUAUCAGCUCUUUGCUGUAUAAUGUAACCUUUUUAGGAAUAUUUAAAUGUUGUACAAAUAAUUGUGAUAUAUUUGUAAAUAGAGAAAAAAAUUCUGUGAUAUUAAAAAA